UCCUCUCCUGUAAUAACAGUUGAAGGAACCGGAGCUGCAGGUGCUGGCUAAGCUAAGAUGUUACCAUUAUCCAUUAAAGAUGAUGAAUAUAAACCUGCAAAAUUCAAUCUGGUCCUUAAACUCUCCGGAUGGUUCAGAUCAAUUCUGGCUGACAAGACAUCGCGGAAUUUAUUUUUCUUCCUGUGCCUGAAUUUGUCCUUUGCCUUUGUGGAGUUACUGUACGGCAUAUGGAGUAACAGUUUAGGGCUGAUAUCAGAUUCCUUUCACAUGUUUUUCGACUGCACAGCACUUCUGGCAGGUCUUGCAGCAUCGGUGAUUUCACGGUGGAGGUCCAAUGACUCCUUCUCAUAUGGUUAUGUGAGAGCAGAAGUGCUGGCGGGUUUCGUCAACGGUCUCUUCCUUAUUUUCACUGCGUUUUUUAUCUUCUCAGAAGGAGUGGAGAGAGCGUUAGAACCUCCAGAUGUGCAUCAUGAACGCUUGCUGCCCGUGUCCAUUGCAGGGCUCCUCGUUAACCUUGUUGGCAUCUUUGUGUUCCAGCACGGAGGACACGGACACUCUCAUGGUGAAGAAGGUCAUGGGCACAGUCACUCGCUUUUUAACGGCAGUGUGGGUCACGGACACAGCCACGGGGGACACGGGCACAGCCAUGAUUCUAAACACGGGCACGGACAUGGACAUGAUCAUGGACAUGGGCAUUCACAUGAAGAUCCUCACUGCCAUGAUCACUUGCACAGGCCAGAAAAAGGCUCCAGUAAACAGAUCUUACAAGGAGUUUUUCUCCACAUUGUCGCUGAUACGCUGGGGAGCAUUGGUGUUAUCAUCUCAGCCUUCCUGAUGCAGAAGUACGACCUGAUGAUCGCUGAUCCGAUCUGCUCCAUGCUCAUCGCCAUCCUCAUAGGAGUCAGUGUGGUUCCUCUGCUGAGAGAAUCCAUCGGGAUCCUGAUGCAGCGAACUCCACCUGCUCUUGACCACACCCUUCCUGAGUGCUACCAGAGAGUGCAGCAGCUGCAGGGUGUGUAUAACUUGCAGGAGCCACACUUCUGGACACUGUGCACUGACGUCUACAUCGGCACGCUGAAACUCCUUGUGGCUCCGGAUGCUGAUUCCCGAUGGAUCCUCAGUCAGACACACAACAUUUUCACACAGGCAGGAGUAAGGCAGCUGUACGUUCAGAUUGAUGUGGCAGCCAUGUAGGAGUUACCCUGAUUCAGGAGUCCUGGGACCAAAGCCCUCUGUGCUGCUACAUGAAGCUCAUCACCAAACCCUGACCCCCUUUCUACCCCUUCUCUUAAUAUCUCUGGGUUUCUCGAUGCUGUCAUCACCCAGUUGGACCAAUCUGGAGUGGCUGCAGUACAGUACAGUAUGGUACACUGACUCUUUCCAGGAAAGCCAAACAACAUGAAGACUACACUGAGGCCUUUGGUCAACAGUUGUACAUGUUCCUAUAUUUUGUAAUAUCCCUCAAAGACUUUAGUCUGUAUUUGGUGUCUCAUCCUCAUUACAGUCGGAAUGAGGUUUUAAUUUUGUUUAAGAAGGAAAAGCCUUUAACAGUAUGUGAACUGAAUCAUCACUAGUAUUUUCUCUGUGGUCCGAUGUCUUUGCAGCUGCAGAAGUCAGUCACUCAUGUUGUUCCGCACUUCAAUUCAGCAUUAUGCUUUGAUCUCUUAAGUGCCUUUUCCCCCCGGUGGAUUUCUCGGACAAUCUUCCACACAUCUCCUCCAUCCACUAUCUGGAAAAUCAAGGGUUUUGCUGUAGGUUCAUUCUAGCCAGUUUUAACAUUCCUUAGCGCUUUUUUUUUUUUUAAACUGCAUGGUGUUCUGAUUGAUUCACUGAUUUAUUUCUCAGAUGUCUGCUCAUACAAAACUGGAUGAAACACCAGCUUUAUUCAGCCAUAAUGAAGCUCAUGAGCCACUUAAAUAUGAGAAGUCCAUAAUUUAAUUGCCCAUAUGGAGAUUUUUUUUUUUUUUUAAACAUCUGUGCCACAGGCCAGUACAUUUGUGCAAUUCAAUAAAUUAUAUUGCCAUCUGA